AUGCGACCUAUCCCCGACUUGCCAUCAUUCUCUCGCAAAUCCUCCUUUGACCCUCCCUCCCCAUCCCUCGAUCCCCGCAAUAACACCCCCGCAACCUUCUUCCUAUCUCAUAGUCCGCAUGACUCCGGGGUAGAGUCGGAUCCUACUCCGGAGGGACCUGCAGCUUCCAAGGAGAGCAUGUACGGAGUACAGAGCCUGGGCGAAACACUAUACCGGUCGGACCUGGCUGCAAGCGCAUGCGGCCACCCGGACAACCAGGCCUCAAGCAAGCAGGAGGCCGAUGAUAUGGAAGAGUCAAAGAAUACGCGACGACGCUCAACCUUGAGGCCCUUUGUUUCUGCGACGCGGGAAUCGUCGACGCGACCAUCUCUUGCUGAUCCAUCAUCUCGUCCGUUAACCCCACUUCACCCCGAUGAGCCGUCUUCACUGCCCAGUAGCCCCAAGUCAAUCUCCAGCCAGUCUCUCCGACCCCUCGACGACAUUUCUAUCACAGAUGAAAUCAGAAGUCAGAUACUCGAGUCGGACGAGGAGGACGGACCGGGGUUCUCACCCCGCCUGGGGCCUCAUGGCGCGUCGCAACUUAUUAUGCCAAGUAUCAGGAUGCCCAGUCGCCGGCCCUUCACAGAGAGGGGAAAGGCCAUGGGCCGCUUCAAAAUACUUCUAGCUGGUGCACCAGGCUCCGGUAAAACAUCCCUGAUCAAGUCUAUCGUUCAAACCUGUGAAGAUAUCGUACACGUUGAUUCGCUUCCUUCGGUGGAUUCUUCUUUGGAGAGGCGCCGGACCUCUCGUCCCCACUUUGGUUCAGUCCCCACUCGCGGGGCCGCUAUCACCGAGAUCUACGCUAGUACCAAGCCUUAUCCCUCCUGGUGGUCAGACCUCGAGGACUCGCGUGUGCUGCGGCGGCGAAAGAGUAUCGGAGAAAUUGUACUAGAGCGCAAUAUAUGCUUUGUUGACACGCCCGCAACAUCGCUGAGUCGGGCGGGUCAAACCGACGCGGUUCUACAAUACAUGCGACAGCAACUCCAGCGCGCAACAACAGCUCUCACCGUUCCUGGAAUUGAUUUCCAGAAUCUGCUUGCAGGCAACGGGGGCUCCCAGGUGGAUGCUAUCCUAUAUUUAAUAUCAAAUGAUACCCUGACGACUGACGUGCAGUGUAUCCGCAAGCUCUGCGAGCUGAGCAAUAUCAUACCGGUUGUGGCAAAGGCGGAUACCCUAUCCCCCGAGGAUGUCACAUCUCUGAAGUCUCAAUUCUGCCAGCAGGCACAGGAUGCCGGGAUCAAGCCCUUUAUGUUUGGUGACUUGCCACCCGGAGGACUCGAUGGAUUGGAGCCUCAGCCACCCUAUACUGUGUCAUCGGAGAAGACAGUCGACAUGGAAAUCAUGGAUGCUAGCACGCUCAUGAGUCCUGAUUAUGUCCAGCCGCUUAGUUCAUCUGAACUCGACACCUUGGUGCAAAAGAUGUUUGACCGAGAUAACCUCGCCUGGAUGCGGCACUCGGCUGCCAAAAAGUUAAUGCAACGACGUAGCGACUUUCCUCCUACCCCACCAACCACAACACCCCUUCAUAAUGCUCUCUCCGGUACUACUACAGGGUGGCGUGCGGCUUCAGGCUCAUCCAUGGCUACAUCGAUUUCACUUGGCGAGUCGGAACCAAGUUAUACCAUGGCACGGAUUGCUGACUACACGAGACAUGAGGAGAGCAUGGCCCAGGUUAGGCUAGCACGCUGGGCAACAGACUUACAUCGAAGUCUGCAAAAUGAACGUGACCGAUACGCAUCACUGGCCAGGGGUGAUCGUGCUAUUUGGCUCACUGAAAGACUGAGUGAGUGCGUUGUGGAUGGUACGCUCGUGCCUUUUUCGAAAACCCCGGGUUUCUGCGGACUUCAAAUCCCCACCCACGAAAAGGGGUCCGCAUACCGCGUUGCUAGUUUGAAUACUCAUGACCCUCUGGGUGUGGUCGGCUGGAUUGAUGAUCUCGGACGACACGGCUGGGCAAUAAUGCAAGUCAUCGGCGGUGUUGGAGUUGUUGGUGGACUGGCCUUCUGGCUUGCUCGCGCAUGGGGACUUCCAUCACGUACUCUAUCUGAGUUACAAGUGGGAUACUGGUUUGGGAGCGUAGAGCGAUGA